UGAAAGUAGGUCAUCCCGACCUGUCAUGUGACCCAACAUUCCAUCCGAACAGAACCUCAGAACCACCGGGAGGAGAAGCUCCGGUUCCCGUAGAGGACCGUAGAUUUACCGGUUAACGGGCAGAAAGCUGCAGAAUUAAAUACCAAACAGAGCUCUUUUUAUUUAAAAUUCGUGAAUUUGUUUCAUAUUAAUUUCUCCUGCAGGCUGUGAAAACGUUUUUUAAUCUUUUCUCCGGUUAAAAGUGACAUUUCUCCGGUUCUUUUCACGUACACGGAGCCUGUUACCGGAGGGAGGAGGGGGAGGAGGCUGCCCGGUUUGACGUCACCGCCCUCCACUGUCUCCGGUGCUUCUCUCCGGUGCUUCUCUCCGGUCGGUUCGGUGGAUGCUGGAUCCGGAUCGGUCUGAUCGGUCUCUGCUUCUCCGGUUAAAGGAGGAAAUGUCGCACCGGAUCCCGGCGCCGCUCCAUUCCGGUUUCCUGCCACCGGCGCCGCACGGAGUCCUGAAGUCUCUGCUGGAGAACCCGGUGAAGCUGCCGCAGCAUGACGCGUUCAGCAAGGACCAGGACAAGGAGAAGAAGCUGGAGGAGGAGCGCAGCGCCCCCCAGUCAGCCUUCCUGGGUCCGACGCUCUGGGACAAGACGCUGCCCUAUGAUGGCGACACCUUCCAGCUGGAGUACAUGGACCUGGAGGAGUUCCUGUCCGAGAACGGCAUCCCGUCCAGUCCGUCCCAGCAACACCACGACCAGCACCGCCACAACCAGCGCCAGCCGCCAAUCAUGGUGCCGCCCACGCCGGCCCCGCCCACCGUGGUGGACCUCAGGAACCACGCCUCCACAUCCGCCCACACGACCGUCGUCCCCUCAAACGCCAGAGCAGGCCUCCUGAGCUCCAGGAACACUCCCAGCCCCAUUGAUCCAGACUCCAUCCAGGUCCCGGUGGGCUACGAUCCGGACCCGGCAGACCUGGCUCUGUCCAGCGUUCCGGGUCAGGAGAUGUUCGACCCUCGGAGACGGAAGUUCUCUGCCGACGAACUGAAACCUCAGCCGAUGAUCAAGAAAGCUCGGAAGGUUUUCAUCCCCGAAGACAUGAAGCAGGACGAUAAAUACUGGGCUCGGCGGAGGAAGAACAAUCUGGCAGCGAAGCGGUCCAGAGACGCCCGGCGGCUGAAGGAGAACCAGAUCGCCAUCCGGGCCGGGUUCCUGGAGAAGGAGAACUCGGCGCUCCGCCAGGAGGUGGCCGACCUCCGGAAGGAGCUGGGAAGAACCAAGACGGUUCUGGCCGAGUACGAGGCCCGACACGGACCGCUGUAGGACCAGAAACACUCCACCUCUACACACCAGUAGAACCAGUAGAACCACCAGCCUCAGAUCCACUCACAGCAGCAGAGAUCCAAACACUGGACCAGAACCAAACCGUUGGACUUCAGCUCAGCAGAUCUCAUGAAAACGUCCAAACCUGUCACUGCUUUAACAGUUUUAACUCACUCUUAGUUCAUCUUAAAGUCCUGCAGAACCACAACCACAACCAGAUGAAGAAAUGUGACGCGGUUAGAAACCAGAAAAAAAAACUGAAAAGGCUGAACUUCUAUCACAAAAUUACUCCAAAAUGAUUCAAAAAUUGUUCAAAAUGAAUCAAAACCUUGAUGGAAAUCAGAAAGAAACGGAAACGACAGAAUUUCUCACAAAAUUAGUCCAGAAUGACCCAAAGGUUGUUUAAGGUCAAUCAAAACUUACCAAAAAUUACUUGAAAUUUGCCAAAAAUGACUUAAAAUAGAAACAAAGUCACCUCAGCCGUGUCUCCUGCGCUGUUAUGCUGCCAUAAAUGAGAAAAUGAUGUUCUAUUUCUUUGGUAGUUUGUGUUCCACCGCCUGCAGUUCGUCUGAAAACUCUGUGAAUUUUCACCGUGUCACCGCUGCUCUCAGCUCAGUCACUCAUGUCUGCAUAGUUGCUCCAAAGUACACAGAAUAUUUAGUUUUUAUCAGAAUUUUAUUAGAUCAAACAGUUUAUUUUUACCAGUUUUUUAAAGGAGACGUAGAAAAAAAUGAUUUUAAUCCAUGAUACGUUCAGGGACCAAAGGAAAGUUGGAAAUCUGACUAUUUACUGUGUUUUUCCAGCUUCUGGCUGAUGAGUGAUGUCAUUUUCUAGGAGGUUCUGGUGGAAAUGUUUUCAGUGGCAGAUUAACCCGUGGUUUUACUGGUUUCAGUCACACCUGUGUGGUGUUUCCCGCCUGUUUCCAUGGUAACGGGGGAUUGUACGUGCUGCCAGUGGAGCUGAUUAAACUCAGGUGUUUUCCCAUGAUGCACCUCUUCAUGAAUGUGAUCUGGUCGGCCUUUCUCAGAUUAAUUGUGUUGAUAUUUUAAAUAAAUUAAUUUAACUAUAAUUUUAAUUAUAAACCCUGAAACGCCAAAAAAUCUUUUAUAGCAGCUCAAAAAAAAGUUUAUGAACUUCAGACUGGGAGAGUUUAACCCUCUGAACUCAUUUUUAUUCACCUUAUUUUAAUUUUUCUUCACUAUAGACUAAUUUUCUUUUAAUUUAGGCUCAUUUUUUAAAUUUAUACUCUACUUUGUACUUUACUUUACCGUAAUUUCUUCUGAUUUAAGGUCAAAUUUUCUUCAUUUUUGUUUCAUUUUUCAUAGUUUCAAGUUUUUUUCACUUUAGAUUCAUUUUCUUUCAGUUUAUGCUCAUUUCUCCUCUAUUUCUGCUCAUUUUUCUUCACUUUAGGCUCAUUUUUCUUCAUUUUGUGCACAUUUUUCUUCACUGUGGUUCAUUUUUCAAUCUAAACAAAAGAAAAUGAUCUUUUUUAGAUUAUUUAUCUUGUAAAUGUUUAAUGACACUCGAACCAUUCACCUAUUCCGGAUGUUGAACUGAUUUUAUUUUACUUUACAUUAUUUUCUGUGGAUCUGUGUGAACAACGCCUGUAGUUCAACCACCAAAAAAAAAAGACUUUUUUUUUAGUCGCAGCCGAACCUCCGACGGCUUCACAGCUGCUCCAAACAACAGAGUUUUUAGAUUUUAUUUACAGAAUGUAGUCAAACAAACUGAUUAUUUUUGAAGUGAAACUGAUUCAAUGAAGAGAUUUUUCACUCAUGAUGCAUUCAAGGACUGUCAGAAAGUUGAAAAAUCCAGCACUUCUUUCUGUUUCUACAGUUUCUGGUUCAUAAAUAUUUAUUUUUCUGAUUUGAAGAUAAAAACAACAUGACUUUCAAACCUGCUGGCGGGUUUUUGGAGUUCAGAGGGUUUAAACUAACAAAAACAGAAGAAACAGAGAGUUUUCACUUUUUUCUCACAGGGUGCUUUUACAGAAAUAUAAAAAAAAAAACUUACAUUAAUUUUAGGAAAUGUGACCGUUGAGCUCAGCUGAAUCCUUAAAGGUUUCACAGGAAUGCAGAAUCUUUUCUGUAUCACAGGAUUUUUAUUUCAGCUCAGGUUUGACCAUUUUUAAGUCACACGUGGAAUAAAGUGAUUUUUUUUAUUAAAAAUCUGAAUUUUCAGCUUAAAUGUGAUGAUUUUUCUGAGCAGGACCGUUGGAUUCUUUCAGUUUUUUCUGUUUCUGGCUGAUAAAUGAUGUCAUACAGGCAAUUAUAAAAGGAUUUGGAAGAAUGAAGAAUUAAAUUAUAACAACAAUGUGCAGAUAUUUACCUGUUUUUAAUCCGUUUUUGCUCUCGUCUGCUCUCUGUAAAAACACUGCCUGCAGUUCAUCUGAAAACUCUCUGGAUAUUUAAAAUUCGACUGUUGAUUUCCAGCUCAGAUUUGGCCCAUUUUCCGUCUGAAAUGAGGUUUUUACGGUUUCUGCUUCGUGGAUUUUUGUAGUUUUCUGUAAAAACGACUCGUGUUUCUGACCUGCCGGCAGGUUUUUGGGUUAAACUCUUUGGAACGAGUCGCGAAAACGGAACCAAACAGUCAGAAAAAAACAGAAAACAGACCCAGACAGUCAAAAAAUACUUAAAAAAUGUUCUGUUGAUUCUUUAAAGCUGCUUUAAAACUCCGUUUAUUUCUUUUCUUCCCGCUGGCAGCGAAUGUAACCCUGGAACCAAAACAAAGCAUUUAUUAUAAAUAAAUCUAUAUACGAUAGUUUUACUGUUUCUAUGGACUCGUGUCGUCGUUUUGUACGUUUGUUUCCUGGAUUUUAGACUGAUUUAAAUAAAGUGGGCAUUAACCCUCCGUGGAGCUCCGCCCCCCGACUCACCUGGACAGGUGAGGAGUCUGUACAGCUUAGAACCAACACUUUAUUCCUGUUUCUGUGAUUUUUCUCUUUGAUUCUGUGUUCACAGAUAUUUUCCUGUUUUUUUCCUAAACUCUGUUCAUGAUCAAAAACUGAGAAAUAAAAGUUUGAAUCCA